CGCUACCAUCAUACCGGGAAAUCGUAGUUGUUUAUUAGAUAAAGUACAGAGGUGCUGCAUUAUCAUUAUCAUUAUCGUUACUCUUAUUAUACUUUUUAUUUUUGUUAUUAGUAGUACAUAUACUAUCGUUGUGGUCCAUGUUCUAAAUAUUAUUAUUGUCAGUUCCUCCGGACAGUUCAGUCGACGUCUACAAAAAUCCGAACGGUGGGCCGUUUGCAACUCUAAUAUCGUCGUCGUCGUCACAGACCAAACUUCUAGAGAUACACUAUAAUAUUAAAAUAUAAAGGAAUUCUGAGAAAAAAAAAACAUUAGCCGGUCUGCUUGCAAAACAUGAACUCCGCACUUCCAAACCGAGCGUUCAGAAUAUUGAUUUUUGUGACAUGGGCGCAUAGAAUUGUGUGGUGUCAAUAUUUCGGUGAGCAGAUAGGGGACGGACGUGGUCAUAACGAAGAACAUCAUGAAGAUCAUCACGUGAAACCCUUGUACAAGUACGGGUAUUGGGUGCACGAUCCCAAAACUAAGGAUGUCAAGAGCCACUGGGAACACCGGGACGGAGACACGGUGCAUGGCUCGUACUCGUUCCUUCAACCGGACGGGCACAUGAGAGUGGUUGAGUACACGGCCGACAAGCACAACGGGUUCAACGCUCACGUCAAGUACAUGUACAAAGGACACGGAGAGAGUAGCGACGGAGGAGGCGGGGAUGGCGGUGGAUUCGGGGGCAGUGGUGGUGGAUUCGGGGGAGGCGGCGGUGGCUUCGACCUUCAUUUAGAGGAUGCGUCGGGAAAACAGUCGGCGCAUAUCGGAGGUAGAGGUGGCGGAGCAAGUGGCCGACCGAAGCAGCCGUUGCAAAAGUUCUACAAGAAACCGCGGACGGAAAAACAAGGCGGCCAACCGGGCCAGUACAAAAAGCCUCUUCAGUUCGACGGCCGUCCGAAGUCGGUCGGCGGCUACAAGAAACAGCGACUGUCGCCGACGGGCGCAGAACAGUCGGCCGAAAACCACGUCGGCGGCGGCAGACCCAACGGCCAUUUCGAUCAAUUGCCCAAGUUCGGAGCGCCCGGACAUCAUCACGCCAAUCCGCUGCGCGGCGGCAGCAGCGGUGGCGGUAGCCCCGAACGUUAUCACGUGAAUCAGCUGAGCGCGGGCGGCGGCAGUCCCGAACGUUAUCAGGCGAACCAUUUGGGCGGCAACAGUCUGUUCGGGUAUUUGGCCGAGGACCAGGGCGCCGAACAACCGGCCGAACACUUCUCCCGCAAGUACUCAUCACCGGCGACGGCCGACGCGUCCGCCUAUCUGACCGGCAUCCAACAGCUUUCGUCCGAACACGACCCGGUGGUGCACCGUCAACCGGACGUCGCGCCCGCGGCGUCGACGGAACGCCAGCACCACAGGAGCUCGUCGGAGGAACGACAGCAACAGGUGCCAGGCUCGGAGCUGGAGCCACCCCGACUGCCACAGGAGGACGGGCUCGACGAAAGACCUCGCGACGACGGCAACGCACCGGUGCAGUACGACGACGACGAAGACAACCGUUCGCGGGAACGGGACGACGGGGACUACCGGGACGAUCACGCGGCCGAUUCCGCAGACGAAGCACCGGUAACCGUACAACAGCAACCGUUACGAGAAUACCGUUUCGAGGAGCCGUAUCCGUUCGAAAUUCCCGAAAACGUGCGGAUCCCCAACAAAUACCAAAAGAGACACUUGCCGCAGCCCUCGCUAACAGACUCGCACCGGUAUACGGCCGCAUCGUCGUACUUCCCCAGCUGGUACCGCGGCAACAGCGACCUGCACGAGCACUACCACUAGAAGAGACAGUGACUGCGGGGAGAAUUCGGGGCCGAGUUCCGACUAUUCACCAGCAAAACAGUAUUAGUAUCAUAGUUGCGAUUUGUUGUAUUAUUUGUUAUUAUUCUUAAAUCGUUUUAGUUUACUGUAUACCGAUAUUUCCACGGUGAGAACUGUAUAUGGGGCAUAAUUGUCUAUAUAAUGUGACUUAUUGUUGUACACGCAUCGAAGUACAGUAGAAUACAAUUAUAAUGUAUCGUUUUCGUCGAAUCCAUCCGAAUACAUGUUUCAUAUUCGAUACAGACUGUUAUUAUUUUUAUACAGACGCGUGUGUUCGGCGUUUGGGUUACCGUAUUUAUGUGUUAGUAAAUUUAAUAUUAUUAUAUGCAUGAAGUUACCCCAAUUAAAACUCUACUGUCACGACAACAGUAAACAAAGUCAUUAUUUUGCACGACCAUAAAUUAACCUAUGACGUAUCAAAGUUGCAGAAAUUCAACGACAACACCGUCGACGAACACGUUACUAUAUGCGAUAACGAAACUGUAGCAAUUGUUACAGGCAUAGGCGUUUCGUAUCCAUUCCUAGAGGUUUCGUGAACGUACUCGUGUCUUAUUUGAAUAAUACUAUUAAAAAGAACUUUCAGCGUUCGUCAUCUACUGGGCAAAAAAAUAUGUCCAGCAGUGGAUUGAAAAACAUAUUGGUAUCGGGAAAUCAUUUUUCUAUUAUAAACGAAUAUCAUUCAGAUAGUAGACAGUCGUUUGUAUUGAAAAAUCACGUAACUCGAACUAAUCAAAAACAGUUUUCAAAUCCAGAAAGAACAUUUUAUCGAACCUGAAACACAAAUUACAAUAUUUUAAAGCCCUUUUCAAUAAAUUACGUUCUUAACAAUUUAAUGUUUGAUCCGCAGUGAAUGAUAUCGGACUAACAAGGACGUAUCUAAAAUACUUCAAACGGGUAUUUUCUACAAAAUAAAUGUUUAAAGUGACACUUUUUAUUCAUAAAUACCUCAAUAAAAUGUUUAUUGUAUCAACUUCUUGCAAAUAUCUUGUGUUUAAAACACUUUAAUUUUUGCUUUCCAUCACAUAUUUAUGAGAAUGUUUACUUAUUUUUAAUUUUUUUUCUACAUUCAUCGUACGACUGUUGUUCAAUUGUUCUUAAUUUUUAAAUCAAUUCGAUAAAAAUUACAAUCAAUAUAUAUU